AUGCAGCUCACAUUAUUCGUCACCGCGUUCCUGGCCUGCCUGGCCGCCGCAAACCCCGUCUUCAAGCACGAACCCUUCGCCACCAGGGACCUACCCGCAUUGAAGCGCGGCGAUGGCGAUAUCAAAGGAACAAACGCAUACCAGGCAGUCGCCCAAUGGCACAACAGCCUGGACGUAGGCAAGUGGUACGUCUUCAAGCAGACGCUUUACGAGAAGGACUACACCGAAACACAAAAGGCGGCCUACGAGCAACUCCCGGAGGACGUGAAGGCCCUGCAGAAGAAGCUGGGGUUUGCGCAUGUCUGGCUUGUCUUAGGCCAGGUGACCGAAAGCGGCGGCUGGCGGCACUUUAAGGCCAAUGCCUGGGACCUCACUCUCUCGAGGUAUCGUGGACCGUCAGACUGGAAUGGGCCGGAGAAUGCAGACUUGGCGUUUCUGGGCAAGACCGACAAGAACGCGGACGAUGCUGAUAAACUUGCCGACGAAUACAAGAAAGCCCAUCCGAAAUUCGAUGUCAAGGACAACAAUUGCGCCACCUAUGUCGUUGCGAUGGUAGAGAAGCUGGAUCCACAGAAAUAG